CAAUAUCUUAAAUCGUCAAUCACUCACCUGAGUUAACAGAUGGUCGAUAAACUAGUGCAUGGUGAAAGAUAAUUAAUUAUUGCAAGUUGUUCUUAUUGAGGUGAAAGAGAAAGCUUUCUCCCUUGCAAAACCGGUUCCGCAAGUACCGAAUUCAUCAUGUCUGAGCCGCGGAAGAAUCAUCUCACCAUAGAUGGGGGGCAGCCGAAGGACGACGAGCACGUCGCUACUUAUAAGCCUAUUCCAGAGGCUGAUACAGAGUUCCGCUCGUCAAAGUCCAGCCUCCACAAGUCCAAGGAAAAGGUCGACGAGGCGGAGGAGAAACUUCUAGAGAAAGAAGACGAGGCCAAGAUCGUCACGCGUGUCGAUAUGGCUGACGCCAAGUACAUCGUGGGCGACCACCGCAAUGGGGACGCCAAGAUCGAGCUCGACGCCAACAAGAGGCAAUUCUCCGGGCUAACCAAGGAGGAGCUGAUGAAGUACGCGGACGACCCGUUCUGGGUGCGCCUGCGCUGGGCCAUGUUCAUCCUGUUCUGGGCUCUCUGGCUAUGCAUGCUGGCCGGUGCCAUCGUCAUUAUAGUCCGCACGCCGAAGUGCGCGCCUCCGCCGCCAAGGGAGUGGUUCGAAAAAUACGCCCUCAUUGAAUCCGACGGCAGCCUACCAACUAACAGCGAUCUGGACUUGCUGCACGACUCUCAAGUGGGCGGCGUUUUCGCGCAGUUCGCCUGCGGAGCCGACGCCUAUGAGAUACUGAAGACCAGCUCUUGCGUGGAUCAGUUCAAGGAGUUUAUCAAGAAGGCCAAGGAUCGCGGUGUCAAGGUGAUCGUAGACCUGGUCGCCAACUACGUCCCAACAACACACGAGUGGUUCACAAAGAGCGCGGCGGGCGAGGCUGGUUACAAGGACUAUUUCAUCUGGGCCGCGCCCAGCGGGUACAAUGGCACGCACGCCAACCCGCCCAACAACUGGCGUGCGGUGACAGACGAAGACGCUUGGACGUACGUGGAAGCUCGCAAAGAGUUGUACCUCAGCCAAUACGGUGCGGGCAAGGCAGACCUUAACUUCCGCAACGCCGACGUUGUCAAGCAGUUCGAUGAAGUGUUGAAGCUGUAUAUGAAAGAGGGCGCUGCUGGUGUCAGGCUGUCCCACGCUCGUCUCCUGAUCGUGUCGUCGUCAUUCCUGAACGACACGCUGCUCGCCAACACGGACAAGGCGCCCGCCGGCCGCACGCCCACUAUCGGGGACUAUCACUUCCUACGCCACACAUAUACUGCUGAUCAGCCGGAGCUGGAUGGCCUGUUAGCGCACUUCUCGCAAGUCGUGGAUGAUAAUGCUGCGGAACCUGGAGCUAAAAAAUCCGUGUUCACAAUAAAGGAGACAGACGAGAACCACUUCCAAGAGCUGUACCUGCUGGCACACAACGUGUCGUCUCUGCGGCCGCCGAGCGCGCGGCCAUCAGCGCGGAUGUGGACGCGGUCGUACUGGUCAACAGGACUAGUGAGACCACUAACAAGUUCCGCAAGUGGCCUGCGUUACAGGUGCCCCGCCGCGCUCGCGUUCCUGCUGCCCGCGGCGCCCGUGCUCGCCGCGUCGCAGCUGCGCCAGUUCAACGCCUCCGGCAAGAGCGAGCUGGGCCGACUAACGUCGCUGCGCGCGGAGGCCAGCAUCCAGCACGGACAGACCCGGAUGGCCGCCGUGCCCGCGCGCAACUCCACGCUGCAGCUCGUCGCCGUCGCCAGGUGGAAGGCCGGGCACACUGGCUACUUGGCGGUGUUCAAUUCUCAGUCUGAGCUGCUGCGCGCCAACCUCACGGCCAUCGGCGUCCCUGUGCUACCGGCACAGCUCACCGUGCACCACGUGUCGCAUGAGGUCGCCAACCUAACUGGUUACGCGACCAACAAGCCAGUAGAGUGCGACGAUGUGGCUGUGCCCGCCAUGUCGUCGGUGGUUCUCUCCUUCGUGCCCAAGACCGCAGAGUAACUCGGCGGCUACUUGCCUAACCCGCUAGCCGCAAUGUAUGAGCGGCCUUUUGGUUGCAUUUCGUUUUUGUACCGUGAAAAUAUAGCAUGAGCAUUA